AAGUUUCUUUACUUGGCGCAAAGAAUUCAGCAGUAUCGAAUGGUCUCUAUUCCCAUUUGUGUAUUUGUACGAUAAAUACUUGGAGUAUUGAUAAGCUGCAAAUCAGUAACAAAUCAGCAAGACCUUUCGGGAUCUCUUCACGGUGUUUUCUAUUUUAUAAGAAUAAAUAAAGUUCAAAUAUAUAGCACAAUAAUGAUACUCGAAUGAUCUUAUCUCGAAUGUGCUGAACUUUAAACAUAAAUAACUUGAGAUACUACUUGUCUGGUCAGUCUCAGUCGAGCGUUGUCGUUAAGACGAACCGGAUCGGCGAUCUUUCUUAGCGACUUUGACGAAGAACAAAAAAGUUUAUCCAGUUGGAUUUGUAACAAAUCAACAUGUGGAAGGCAUUACUUUUGUCGAUAGUGACCGUUGGCAGUAUAUUUGGAGAACUAUUACAAAUCGAACGAAAUGAUUUACAGUCGAACUUUAGCUUCGAAAUAGAUUAUUCAAAUAAUCAAUUCUUGUUGGAUGGGCAACCGUUCCGUUAUGUUUCCGGUAGUUUUCAUUAUUUUCGUACGCCCAAGAGAUAUUGGCGGGAUCGAUUGAGGAAAAUGAGAGUAGCUGGUUUAAAUGCCGUUUCGACGUACGUAGAGUGGAGUCUACAUCAACCUGAAGUAGAUGUUUGGAACUGGAGUGGCGAAGCAGACUUCAUUGAAUUUCUAAACAUCGCUCAAGAAGAGAACCUUUUAGUUUUAUUGAGACCCGGACCUUACAUUUGCGCGGAAAGAGACUUUGGUGGUUUUCCAUAUUGGUUAUUAACUCGUGUACCUGAUAUAAAAUUACGUACUAAUGAUAUACGUUACUUAAAUUACGUAGAACAGUACUUGAAUAUUGUAUUGAAUAAAGUGAAACCUUAUUUAAGAGGAAAUGGUGGACCUAUCAUUAUGGUUCAGGUGGAAAAUGAAUAUGGAAGUUAUGGAGCUUGUGAUUCCAUAUAUAUGAAAACAUUACGCGAUAUCUUCCAAAAAAUAAUUGGAAAUAAAGCUGUCUUGUAUACGACGGAUGGAAUAAACGAUAGAAUGCUUCGUUGCGGAUCAGUAUCUGGUGUAUAUACCACCAUUGAUUUUGGUACUGGUUCCAAUGUAAAUGAUAGCUUUAAACUUAUGAGACAAUUUCAACCGAGGGGGCCACUGAUAAACUCGGAGUUCUAUCCUGGCUGGUUGACCCAUUGGGAAGAACCAUUUCAAAGAGUGUCGGCUAAUGUUGUUCAACAAAAAUUAGACGAAAUGUUGGCACUUGGAGCUUCCGUUAACAUAUAUAUGUUUUAUGGCGGCACGAACUUUGGAUUUACUUCUGGAGCUAAUGGUGAUUCCAAGUCGUUUAAUCCUCAAUUAACUUCUUACGACUAUGACGCACCAUUAACAGAGGCUGGAGAUCCAACAGAAAAAUAUUUUCUGAUAAGAGAUGUUAUAUCCAAGUAUCUUCCUUUGCCAAAUAUUUUCCUACCAACCAUAUCACCUAAAGGCGAUUAUGGUCCAGUAUUAUUGGAACCUGUAUUAGAUUUAUUUGAACCGAAAUCGAGAGAAUUAUUUGGGUCUCCUAUAAUAUUCACAUCCAACCCACCGACUUUUGAAGAAAUAGGAUUACCGCAUUGGUUGGUUCUCUAUGAAACUAAUAUACCAUCCAAUAUUAACGAUACAAUGAUAUUAAAUGCAUUAACAAAAGAUAGAGCAUUGAUAUAUGUCGAUUCUGAACUCGUCGGAACAUUGAGUCGAAUGAAGAAUAUCUAUUCCUUGCCCUUGGUAAACCCACAUGGCCAACGCUUGAAAAUACUCGUAGAAAAUCAAGGACAUUUAAAUUAUGGCAAUGAGAUUCAUGAUUUUAAGGGUAUUUUUAAUGUAAACAUCAACGGAGUUUCACUAUCACCAUGGAAUGUAACAGGAUUUCGACUAAGCGAUGUAAAAGGAUUAAAUAAUUUUACAACUAAAACGACUGAAACGAGUGGUGUUCUUUUAAAUGGGCCGGUAUUUUUCCGUUCUUAUUUCUACAUUACUGAUCAACCACUGGACACUUAUCUAGAUACCACAGGUUGGGGUAAAGGUAUCGCAUACGUAAACGGUUACAACCUUGGUAGAUAUUGGCCUAUGGUUGGUCCACAAAUGACUCUUUAUAUACCGGCACCAUUUUUACGCACCGGUCAAAAUCUAUUAGAAAUAUUAGAAUUACAAUAUGUACCGGUUACGAGAAAAAUGAGAUUUCAAGAUAAAGCCAACUUAAAUUUUUCAGUUGUAUAUACUGAAAAUAAUUAAAAUGUAUCAAAUAAAAUAAACUCAUCAAAAUUCUUUUAUAUAUUUCUCACUUAUAUAGUAUUUGUUAUAAUAUUUUUAUAUACAAUUAUAAAUAAU